GUUCGUUCUCUGUUUACACGAGACACCUGCACUCCUGUGUUAUUAACACACACAUUUACUUUUGUCCUCCGGCUCAGAGAGGACGGAAACUCAACCGCUACAAGGAUGAAGGGACUGCCAGUGCUGUCCCUGCUCCUUUGGUUGUGUGCCGUGUACUUUGUGGGUAUCUACCUCUUCUUGGGCGGCUUCUUGCUGGUGAGGCUGGAGGUGAACAGGACCAGCACGUGCGGAGACGUGUUGUAUCCCGGAGAGGAGCCAGGUGAUUUCUGCCGUGCCCAGCCGCGGUUCCGUAGGGCUGUCGUCCUCAUCAUCGACGCCUUGAAGGUUGAUUUCGCCCGCUUUGACCCCAGCAACACGGCGCCACGACCCUAUGAGAACAAGCUGCCAGUGCUGGAGGAGAACGUCUCAUCCAAGCCUCUUCAAAGCCGCUUGUACCCCUUCCGAGCAGACCCACCUACGACCACCAUGCAGAGAAUCAAGGGCUUCACAACCGGAUCCUUGCCGACCUUUGUGGAUGUAGGUAAUAACUUUGCAUCCAGUGCCAUUUUGGAGGACAACCUCAUCCACCAGUUUGGGCAAAUGGGCAAACGGGUGGUGUUCAUGGGCGAUGACACUUGGGAGAGUCUCUUUCCUAAGAAGUUCCACCGCUCUCUGCCCUUCCCUUCUUUCAAUGUCAAGGAUCUGCACACUGUGGAUAACGGCAUCCUGCAGCACCUUUACACAACUAUGGUGGGUGAUGAUUGGGACAUCCUGCUUGCACAUUUUCUUGGAGUGGAUCACUGUGGUCACAGGUUUGGCCCCGACCACCCGGCUAUGGCUGACAAGCUCACCCAGAUGGAUGGUGUCAUCAGGUCUGUGAUUGACCGUCUGCAGAAUGACACCCUCUUGGUGGUGAUGGGAGAUCAUGGGAUGACGGACAAUGGAGAUCAUGGAGGAGAAAGUCAGAAGGAGACCGAUGCUGCUCUCUUCCUUUACAGUCCGUCCCCUAUCUUUCAAGCACCCCCGCCUCAGAGCGAACCAGAUGUGGUUCCACAGACAGACCUUGUGCCCACCCUGGCUCUGUUGUUGGGGGUCCCAAUCCCAUACAGCAGCGUAGGGCAGGUCCUGCUGCCUCUAUUCCCUCUGCACGAGCAAACACGAGGUGCAGUUGGAGUUCUCAGCCAGCUGGAGGCGCUGUGGAUCAACGCAAAGCAGGUUAACCGUUUCCUGGAGACAUACUCUGGUAUGGCCAAAGAUAUCCCACCAGAGAGCCUCUCACAGCUGAAAGAGGAAUUUGCCCGUCUCUCCUCUGAGUACCUCACCUCUGUUAAAGAGGGUCAAUCACCCCCCCUACACCUGGCCUCUUCGCUGCAGGCCUACCUCACCUCAGUCAGAGACACCUGCCGCGCUACAUGGGCUCGAUUUAACCCACUAAAGAUGGCAGCAGGUUUAGCCAUCCUGUCGUCUGCCUGCCUCAUGUGUUUUGUGAUGUCUGAACUCUCCCUGCUGCUGAUAACGGAGAAUGCUUCAGGACUGAAGGUGCCAGUUCUUGUGGCGCUCACAGUGGGAGUUUGUGCCGCUGCUGCUCAGCUGCUCACACGGGGCUACGUUGAGGCAGCGUGGUGCCUGGCAGCUGGUGCUUUCAGCUCUGAAGUUCCCUUCUUCUGGAGAGCUUGUCGGCUCAAAGCCCCCGCCGUGUCAAAGAAUGGAGCUAAAGCUGCAAAGCUCUCCAGGUGGUUGACCCCGCGCCAUCUCCUCAUCCCUCCUCUGGUGGCGCCACUCAUCCGGUGUGCCGCUCUGCUCUCCGAUAGCUACGUGAUUGCAGAAGGCCGUGUUGUAACUUUUCUAGUCCUCUCAUUGGUUCUCUAUAUCCCCAUCCAUCUCAACUGGAAAGAUGUGCUUUUCCCACAAAGCCUCAACCCGCUGAAGUCUGCUGGGCUGCUACCUUCCCCAGUCUUGUCCCCGUCAACAGUGAGGAGAGAAAGCAACAUUCUCCUCGCCUGCGUUGGUGUUCUUCUCGGCAGCGUGUACCUUUCCCUCUACUUUCACGGCUGCAGAGAGGAGCAGGGCUUCUGCCAGCCGUCGCCAUUCCUUUCUCCACUUUCGCGGUUGCUGGACAACCAGCUGAAGAACCUGUACUACGUUCUCUCCGUCAUCUCUCUUGGCGUUUGCACGUAUCUGUUGCGGCACUGUCUGUGCCACUACGGUAAUCUCAACUCCUCAAGUGGAGCUGUGUUCACAGCCCACUGGAUUCUGCCACUGCUGUCCGUGUGCGUGGCGCUGCACUGGGCAGUUAGUGCCACUUCGGAGGAUAGCUUCAGGAAGCUGGCUGAGCUGAUCCGAAUGGCUCAGCUGUCCCUCCCGCGGGCCGCUUUCUGUCUUCUGGGACUCGGGCUGGGUCUGAUCUGGCUAGACCCCAUCACCGUGUUUGUGAAGAGCAGGACCGCAGCUUCCUCCAGAAGUUCGGUUCUCUCCACGCCCCGUUACAGAGCAAGCACCGGCAUCAGCCCCCAAGCCGAACUGCGCCAUCUGAUCCCCCAGAUCUACCAGCGCAUGCGCAGCUCCCUGGAUGCCGUAGAGCUCAGUGGAGGCACUGAGGCAGACAACCGUCCCACUGUGGAGGCCUACGGACUGGGAACAGUCUACUCCGCCCCCGUGCUGCUGUUCUGUGGCAUGUUGGGAAUAGGACUGCUGCUGCUGCACCCAGAGGGAAUGGCUCUGUCUUUUCUCUUGCUGCUGCUAGAAAUGGGAGCCUUGUUGCACAUUCAUGCCUCUUCCACAACCCUCAGUGACAUGCAUGGAGCUCCCUCUGGUGAUUUUAAUGUGCCCUGGGCUCCUGUAGUGGUGUGGUCGCUAGCUGUCACACAGUUCUUCCAUGCCACUGGUCACCUGCCCACCUUUCCCUCCAUUCAGUGGGGUGCUGCCUUUGUGGGAUUCCCUGAUGGACAUACAGGCACCGUAUUACCUGCUCUACUGGUUCUCCUCAACACAUUUGCUUCAAACAUCCUAUUUGCAGUGAGCUGUCCAUUACUGCUGUUUUGGCCUCUGGUGCGUGAAGUGCGUGAGGUGCGUGGGAGCAGAAGGGGGGAGGAAGGUGAGGAUGCCGUGAUGGAAAUGAGGCUGAGAGAAAACCCCCAGCAGUUCAGCUCUGCCCUUCUGCAACUCUCAACACGCUACCUCUUUAUUCUUGGAGCACAGGUCUUUUCAUCAGUUUGCGCUGCUGCAAUUCUCAGGAGACACCUAAUGGUGUGGAAGGUCUUUGCACCCAAGUUAAUGUUUGAAGCCUUGGGGUUCCUGGUGAGCAGCACAUCUCUGCUGAUUGGAGUCACGUUAGUGCUGAGAGUCGACAUGGCCGUGGGCCGCUGGUUUAAAAAACUCAUCCCAGAUGCAUCCAGGUAGCAAUGAUGCUGCUUAUGCUUUUCCACUGGAAUCCACCAGAGCUCACUGUGCCACUAAAAAACUGCCAUGAAUAUGAAGACUGAAACAAAAGAACAGA